CUCAUCAGUCGGCAGAGGAUUUAUCUGAGGGACAUUUGGAUGCAGGAAAAUAAAUAAAAACAAGAGCCAAAGACCCAAAAAGGACCGACACCAUACAAGAGCAGCGAUGCGAUUGGUCAGCGUGGCCGGGGGACGGCUCCGCAGGGCGGCGGAGGAGGAGGGGGAGAGGGAGAGGGAACCUCCACCACCACCGUCGCACCACUCCAACCACCAGUUCUCCAGCAUGAAGAACAAGUUCUUCAAUGAGCUCACACACCUGCCGAUGCCCAUGUGGGCAGUGGGAGCCAUCGUGGUCGUGGUCCUCGCCCUCGUGGCCUGCAUGGGAUUCUGCAUCUACAAGAAGUGCUUCAACAAAGGCAAGAAGCCGAAGAAGACCCGUGAGAGAAAGGCAGGACGAGGACGCAGGAAGAAGGAGAAGGAAGGAGAGGAAGGAGAUGAAAAGAAGGAGGGAGAAGAAGGGAAGGAAGAAGAGGAGAAGGAGAACUUUGGAAAACUGGAGUUCACACUGGACUACAACUUUACUGAUAACCAGCUGAUAGUCGGCAUCCUUCAGGCUCAGGACCUGGCAGCCAUGGACAUGGGAGGGACCUCAGAUCCUUACGUCAAAGUCUACAUGCUGCCGGACAAGAAGAAGAAGUUUGAGACCAAAGUCCAGCGCAAGAACCUCUGUCCUGUCUUCAAUGAGACCUUCACCUUUAAGAUCCCCUACAAUGAGCUGGGCGGUCAGACUCUGGUGCUGCAGGUGUUUGACUUUGAUCGAUUUGGCAAACAUGACGUCAUCGGCGAGAUCAAGAUUCCCAUGAACAGCGUAGACCUCGGACAGCCGUUACAUGAGUGGAGGGAUCUGGUUGGAGGAGAGAAAGAGGAGCAAGAGAAGCUCGGUGACAUCUGCAUUUCCCUUCGUUACGUCCCCACGGCUGGUAAGCUAACGGUUAACAUCAUGGAGGCUAAGAACCUGAAGAAGAUGGACGUCGGAGGACUGUCAGAUCCCUUUGUAAAGGUGGUGCUGCAGCACAACGGGAAGCGACUGAAGAAGAAGAAGACGUCGGUCAAACAGAACACUCUGAAUCCAUACUUCAAUGAGAGCUUCAGCUUCGAGAUCCCCUUCUCUCAGAUCCAGAAAGUCCAGGUGCUGAUCACUGUGUACGACUACGACAAGCUGGGCAGCAACGACCCCAUCGGCAAGUGCUGGAUUGGCUACGGCGCCUCAGGCGUCGGGCUGCGCCACUGGUCAGACAUGUUGGCCAAUCCCAGGCGUCCGGUGGCCCAGUGGCACACGCUGCUGCCAGAGGAGGAGGUGGACGCUGCUCUGAAGGCCCCCAUCCGCUAAACACACUCACACAUACACAGCACACCAUCAUCUGCAUAGAAGGGGUAUCGUUCAUCUGAAGCCAAACAGCUGUUGGUUUAAUGAAAUGACCUCUAACUUUUAUUUAUAUUUAUCUACAUAAUUUCUGUAUUUCAUUUGGGGGUCUAUUUAUAUUACUGCAUGUGUGCUUUUCUGUUGUUUAAAACUGCAGUGUGGAACUUUUGUCUCCCCCCUCUGGCAGUGAGGGUUAUUACACAAAUAUUGUCGCUGUGUGUUUAUCAUCUAUCCCUGCAGGAUCGCUCACUUCACAGCUUUGUUGCGUUCAAUCCUUCCUUAAAAGUUUAAUUUGUUAUCUGGAUCAUCCACUCCUGAAACUUUUCUUGGAUGCCUCUUAGCAUUUCCUGCCGUGCGUCUACGUCUUUCCGGCAAUUCAAAAGCUAACACUGGCAAUAAUAAUUAGGCCCUGAUCACACAGUUAGUGUUCUGCAGGUUGCAAGGCGCACUCCACUGCCUGCCUUUUUGUUUUGAUGCCACUAUUAAAAACCACUUGCUGCGUCUUUUUUGUUGCCAAGCAACCACCCCAUCACCACCUUACAGUAACCUUCCUUUGUAAUCAGUCUACUGUUUAUUUAUUGUAUUUAUCCUUCAGUGAGCAUUGUGCGUACUCCUGCGGCCAGGUCUUUGAUGUAAUGGACGUUUAUCGAUAUACAAAAGUUCCGCACUCCAGCUUUAAAUUCAUUUGACUUUCUAAACAAAUAAAUCACCUUUAAAUACAUUAAAGAGGUACUCCAGCGAAUCAGUGUUGCAGUUACAUAAAGUUUUACAACUUUGUGUAAAUGCAACACUUACAGAUUUUUUUUUAAAAAGAGGGGGGCGUAAAAACCUCCUCUACAUUCACAGGAGACAUUAUUAACUGUUUUCAUGGGCUGAGUCAGUCGAUCUCCUCCUGAGGAGUAAACUUAACUUUGUGUGAAAAAUGGCAGAGUGCUCCUUUAAUAUGUAUUUCAUUGACCACCUUUAUCUUGCAGACAAGGUGGUCAUCUCCCUCUCAUGUAAUCAGUGUCCUGACUGUCUCGAGGUUAAAAGGAUCUUUUUCUCCAGCACAGAUCAACUGUCGUGUUUUCACAGUAAUUUUGAUACUGUUGUAUGAAAAGUAUAAAAUCUAUUCUUCGUGUUGGAGUAACUUGAACCUGCUGCUGCAGAGCUGCAGUGUGUCUUUGUCUGUAUGUUUUUUCUUUAUGUUUCCUCUUGUCAAACCUGAUCUCUCUCUUUUUCUUCCAAACAAUUUAAACUUGAUUUUCCUGUGAAAUGAUUUAGUUUCAUGUUUCGCUCUGUGUCUCUGUGGCUCCUUCUGUGCUUGUGUUUGAGUGAGUGUUGAUGCUGUUUGUCUGGUGAGUGUGAACACUGAUGUUCAGCCCAGUCACCAUGUGACCAAACCACCGAUACGUCACAUUUGUGUGCUUCAUGUGGAGCAGAUAUGUUGAGCUUUAUGUGUCUUUAUGUUGUAUAUGCCAUAGCUGGAGGCAAUAUGUCCGUCCGUCCAUCUGUCCCAUUCUCAUGAACGUGAUAUCUCAAGAACACCUUCAGGGAUUUUCUUCAAAUUUGGCACAAACGUCUACUUGGACUCAACAACGAACAAAGUACAUUUUGGUAACUAAAGGUCACUGUGAUCUUGUCUGUUGCAUUCUCGUGAAUGUGAUAUCUCAAGAACACCUUCAGGAAAUUUCUUCAAAUUUGGCACAAACGCCCACUUGGACUCAGCAAUGAACUGCUAAGAAUUUGGUGGUCAAACGUCAAACUUACUGUGACCUCACGAAACAUGCUUUUGGCCAUAACUCAAGAACUCAUUCACUAAUUGUGACCAAACUUGACACAAAUGUCUAACAGGAUAAAAUAAUGAAGGUCAAAAGGUCAAAGGUCAGCUUGACUGUGACAUCAUCAUGUUUUAAUGUCAUAUCUCAGGAACAGAAGGGGAGACAUUUGCUCAGAUACUAAUCAGAGUCAGACAACCACGGGGCGGUAAUUCUAGAUUCUAGAAUUUUAUGUUGUGGCAACACUGUGGUUAACAUGUGGUUAGGUUUAGGCACAAAACACACCUGGACAUGUCUGCAUCCACCAGCUCCUCCACCUCCUGAUGAGACACUCAGCUCACACACAUGUAAUCUGAACUACGUCACUUCAGAAACAUUCAUGUGACACAUAUGAAACAGACAAAUGCAACGUAUCUGUGGUUUGCAGAAAUGUAGAGUGCCAACAUUUCACUCUGGUGACUGGACUGUGGUGUGUGUGUGUGUGUGUGUGUGUGUGUGUGUGUGUGUGUGUGUGUGUGUGUGUGUGUGUGUUAUAUCAUAAGAUAAUGUAAAACUGUUUGAGGUUUCACUUUCAAUACACACAAAGUGAUUGUAAAUAAUAGCUGAAUGAAUAAAGCGUUUCCAAACGAUGACAGAUGGUUCGACGGAUGGAUGGAUUUACAUGUGAACACACACACGCUAUAAUACCCUCAUGUGCGAACAUGAUAUCCCUUCUUUGCACACAAGCACAAAGUCACACACACGUACACACACACACCAGUAGAACCAGUUGGAUGCACCAUUUUCAACUGAAAACUCUAAACCAUACAAUAUUCCUGCUGCUCCAGGCGGGGUUUUAAUACAAUCAGUGGUGCUGUGACACGAGUCGUCAGAGGAACUGAACCACUGACUGUAAUUUUCGGAGAGUAACUAAUCCUUCAGCCUCUGAUCACUGUUACUGUUUGUCCCACUAAUCCAGUAAUUAACAUGGAGGCUUUUUGUGGACAAACUGAGGUCCUCACUGUCCAAAGGGAGCGUAACGCUCACUGAUACAUCUGAUUUCACCGAGGUCAGUGUGUGUUUGUGUGUUUGUGUGUGUGUGUGUGUCAGUGUGUGUCAGUGUGUGUGUGCUGAUUUGAUGCAGUGAGUGAAAGACCAGAUUAACAGUGUGUCCUCUUUAGUCCUUGUCUCACGCAGUGAGCCAAACAUGUGAGGCAGGAAUUAGAGGGGUCGGACAGGAAACAUAAUUACCACAGAUUGGAGAGAAGAAGAAACAGAAAACACACCGUGUUCACCAACGACACUGAAAGCACAAUAAAUUAUGUUUAAAAAUGAGGUCUAAUUUGUCAUUAUUUCACACGUUUGCCCAUUUUUCUAUCUGAUGUGGACGUUACAUUAGAGCUCCAGUGUGAAGGAUUCAGAGGGACAUAUUAGCAGAA